CGAAAAUUCGUUCUCUUUUUUUUACUUUACUCCCUUCGUAGUACUGGUGUUGGGACCAGCGCCGUCUACGAGUCGGGACAUUUACAUAUAUAAGGGGCUUCAGGACGGAUCCUACUCAGCAGUCGCACCUUCGCAGGCUCGUAUACUUCACCAUGACCGGACUUCGUGCAUGCCUUCUUCUAGCCCUGGCCAGCAGCGCCAUUGCUGGUCAAAUCCAUGGCGGCCUUAGCCACGGCCUCGGCCUUUCCGGUGUCGGCUAUUCCGGCCUUGGUUACUCUGGACUGGGCUACGGUUCCCUAGGCUACGGUUAUGGUCUCGGCUAUGGCCAAGCCGUGGGUUUCGGCAACGGCUUUGGCUACUCGGGUCUGACCGGAUACACCGUCGCUGCCCCAGCCGUGAGCCGCACCGUGUCCACCUACCACGCUGCUCCGGCCGUCGCCACCUACCACGCUGCUCCAGCUGUCGCCACCUACCAAGCUGCUCCAGUUGCUACCUACCACGCUGCUCCAGCCGUGACUAGGGUGUCUACUAUUCAGGCUGCUCCGGCUGUCGCCACUUACGCCGCUGCCCCAGUCGCCACCUACGCCGCUGCCCCAGCUGUCACCAGGGUCACUAGCUACCAGCCAGCUGUCGCCCGUGUCGCUACCUACCAGGCAGCUCCAGCUGUCACCCGUGUCGCUACCUACCAGGCUGCUCCAGCUGUCGCUACCUAUGCCGCUGCUCCAGUUGCCACCUACGCCGCUGCUCCAGCUGUGACCAGAGUGUCCACCAUCCACGCUGCUCCGGCUGUGGCCAGCUACCAAACCUACCAUGCACCAGCUGUUGCCACCGUCGCCCACGCUCCAGCUGUGGCAAGCUUCCAGACCUACCAUGCUCCCGCUGUUGCCACUGUGGCUCACGCUCCAGCUGUCGCCAGCUACCAGACCAUCCACGCUGCCCCAGCCGUUACCACUUACGCCCACGCUGCUCCAGUGUACGGAUACGGCGUUGGAUCCCUCGGCUACGGUGUCGGCAACUACGGCUACGGACACGGUCUUGGAAGCUACGGCCUGAACUACGGUUACGGCCUUGGCACCUAUGGCGACUACAGCACCCUCCUCCGCAAGAAGAAGUAAACUCUUUUCCGGAGUUAAGCACAAGAAGUCGCCUGGAUGCUUGGUUCUCCUGCCAACCACCAAGUACAAUAAACAUUUUGAAAUGAAACAAACUAAAGAAACGACA